CCAGGCAGGUCAUUGCAAAAGGCAGCGGCGGAGUCGCACGGGACAGCGGCGAGAGGUCCAUAUGUGCCUAUUCUUAGCGCAGGAAUGUAUACAAUGCCCCCCCGCCUCGCGGCACCGUCACACGGCUCCCCAAAGCGGCAAAAGGGACUUCGGGAUAAACACGGCCAGAAGUCACCCUCUAUGAAUCACUCACCUACCGAAAGAAACGGCCGGUGGGUCCGUAGUUUUUGUGCAGGCUCUAGCCAUGGAAAAUCUCACCAGGGGAUAAACGGCAGAGCGUAAGUGAAAGCAGUGAAGGACAGCAGAAGCGAACGAACAUUUAGAGCAACAUCAAAGUCCUGAUUUGUUCCCUCGGAGCUGGAUAGAAUUUGUUUUUUCUGCCAAGUCCAGAAUUCAUCUCUCUCUUAUUUUGCUAUGGAGGAGGGAUCCACUGAGGCAUUUCUCUUCAAAGACCAGGACUUCUCCUCCGAACUGCUGAGGCAGCUGAACGGGCUGCGGCAGAGCAGGAUGCUGACCGAUGUUACGCUCUGCUCUGGGGGCUUUGAGAUCCCCUGCCACCGAAAUGUGCUGGCCUCCAGCAGUCCCUACUUCAAGGCGAUGUUCUGCAGCAACUUUAAAGAGAGUCGCCAGGCUAAGGUCAUCCUGAAGGACAUUGACUCUGAGAUUUUGCAUCAGAUUAUCCUUUAUGUUUACACAGGGGAGAUUCUGAUAUCCCCUGAGAAUGUCCUGUACCUCUUAGAGACUGCAUCCAUGCUGCAGUAUGCAAAGUUGUUUGAGGCCUGUUCUGCCUACCUCCAAGACAAGCUGACUCCUGACAACUGUCUGAGCAUGGUAAGAUUUGCAAAAACCUUAAACUGCCAAAGCCUUAAUAAGAAAGCCAAGGCUAUGGCUUUGAAGUGCUUUCCUGAAGUGGCCUCUUCCGAGGAACUGAAGGACCUUUGUGCUCUGGAACUCAUUGACUACCUUGGGGACGACGAGCUCUGCGGGGAGGAGGAGCAGGUCUUUGAGGCACUGAUGGUCUGGAUCCGGCAUGACCUCCAGGCAAGGCAAGGCUACAUCCAAGACUUGUUCAAGAAGGUCCGGCUUCAGUAUGUCCAUCCAACCUUCCUCUUCCACUUCAUCGCCAAUGACUCCCUUGUUCAGUCCUCUCCUAUUUGCAGGAGCAUCCUGGAGUCAACCCGGAGACACAUGUUUUCCUUGCACAGCACCAACACGCCUGACAUCAAGCCCAUGUUGCACGUUCCUCGCAGAUACUCCAGCCAGGAGUUCCUCAUCAUCAUUGGUGGCAGGAAGGACAACCAGCAGACAACGAGGGAUGUCUUGCUGUAUGAUGACAAGACCAACCAAUGGCUAAGCCUUGCCAAACUGCCUGUCCGCCUGUACAAAGCCUCUGCAGUGAGCUUACACAGCAAUAUUUACGUGCUUGGAGGAAUGCCCGUUAGCAAUAAGAAAAGCCCAGUCAGUGGUAAUAUUUACAUUUACUCCCUCAAACUCAAUCAGUGGAGGUCAGUUGAACCCAUGUUAGUUCCACGAUACUCCCAUAGGAGCUUGGCAUACAAGAACUAUAUUUUAUCAUUUGGUGGAAUUGGUGAGAACCAAGAAAUCCUGAAUUCUGUGGAAAGAUAUGAUAGCAUCUACAACACCUGCGAGAGCAUGGCAAGCAUGCCUGUUGCUGUCCUUCACCCUGCUGUUGCUGCCAAAGACCAAAGAAUCUACCUCUUUGGGGGAGAAGACAUUAUGCAAAACCCUGUCCGGCUUAUACAGGUUUACCAUGUCUCCAGAAAUAUGUGGUUUCGGAUGGAGACCAGAGUGGUGAAGAAUGUCUGUGCACCAGCUGUCGUGAUCGGAGACCAGAUUAUCGUUGUUGGAGGGUACACACGGAGAAUAAUUGCGUAUGAUACGAAGGGCAACAAGUUUGUUAAAUGCGCGGACAUGAAGGACAGGCGGAUGCAUCAUGGGGCCACUGUCAUCAAGAACAAGCUGUAUGUCACAGGAGGACGAUGUCUUACUGCGGACAACGUCAUUGAAGACUCAAAUUCAUUGGACUGCUAUGACCCAGAGACCAACACAUGGACACCAAAGGGAAAACUGCCACACAGACUCUUUGACCAUGGAUGCCUUACUCUCCAGUGUGUCCCCUAUUCUAACCUUCUUUAAAGGAGCUUUGUACUCCUCCGCAAAAAGGACCCACCUUGCUCUGCAUAGAGCACACAGGGAAUCUAACAGGGUCCCACAAACUCCUGUUCAUGAAGGUAUCAGAAGGGUUGGUCAUUCCCCAAAGGCUCUGCUGAGAAGGUCAUGAGUUUUGUGUGCAUGCCAUAUUCAGCUGACAGUAUUGCAUGUGGUGCUGCUGAAGUCCAGCCCUGAGGCCUUAUGCAGCAUCUCAACAGAAAAUAGGAGAGAAAUAUUGGGUAAGAAUAUAGUGCAGGAUUUGGCCUUGUGCAGGUUUUACACUGAAAGGGGACUAGGAAUGCUGGUAUCUCCAGACAAAAUAAGAUCUAGGUGAUCUGCAUUGGUGUUAGUGUGCAAAGAGACAGAACUAUGCGGCUGUGUGCCACAGCCCUUUGCUGCUCGGUGCUGACCAAGCUUUUCAUUUUGAGCAGUAGGAAAGUUUGGAAUAGGAAGCCCCAAGCUGAAGCCUUGUUCUUACCAUGAAGGCCCAAGUAGCCAGCCCAGUAGUAAUUAUCUGGAUUGGCUACAGUAGUCAUCAAUGAAGAAAUAAUAUUUUAAUGUUCCAAAUAUCAAACUAGAAAUUAGCAAAAGCCUGAUACUUCAGUCUGAGUCCUCUCACAUUGUAGCAAGAUGCCGAUCUGAGUUUUCUGAGCUACCUCUCUUCGCCAGUCCAGGGAAGACAAUCUCUCCAAGGAUUUUUGUUCCAUCUGCCUGCUCUCUGAAGGAGCAGGAGAAGGGAAGAUGGAAAUGAAGGUUGUUUGUGUCUUUUUUUGGGGGGUGGGGAUCUUGUUUUGCAUGGAGCUUGCUGCUUUCUUUGCGUCAGGGAGAGCACUGGGGAUGGUUAGGAAGCCUCUAGGUUGGUGGAGUUCCUGAAAGCUGAAAUAAUAGAGGUAAUAUAGGGGGGAAAGUGGAUAUAAGAGAGAAGAGGUAUUUGGGAGGAACAGUUUUUUGAUUUUUUUUUCCCUUUCUCCUCUCUCCAAACCACUGGAAAACAGUGAUGAGAGAAAGCCAGUGACAGGAAACCAGCUUUCCAAGAAGAGCAUGUCUAAGUCUGCCACUUGGCAAAACAGCUCUGGCUCUACCAGUAUUUUUGUGGGGUUCUGCCACUAAGUGCAUAUUUUCAAAGGGAGGGGAGUAAUCAUCAGAUACUGAGCAGGCUGUGAACUGCUGUCAGGCCACCAGGCUUGGUAAGAUUGCUGAGACAGCAAGGAGCUUUUAUGAUAGCACUGGUGACCACCAUCCAGAGAAAGGACAGCAGGAACUACACCCUUUUCUCCCCGUUCUUGAAAGAAAGAGGGACUUUUCCGAGGGCACAGGAUGGCAUGAGGAAACCACACUCAGCCCUUCUCUUCUCAGGCAGCUGCACAGCCACAUGGUCAUGACCACAUCGCAGGACACAGACUCCAACCGCUCACUGUGGAGCUAACACCUCCUCUCAUAAAUCUGUAUGUGGGAGCAGAAGGUCAACAAAAAUAGUUGACAAAGCGGGAGGCUGGAAGAAGGAAUUGCAUAUCGACUGCUGUUUUAACAAUGCAAAAUAAAAUGGUUAUUAUUGUUUGUAUGA